AAACCAAAAUGCACACGCCAACAAGUGUGUAUAUAAUAAGUUAUUUACGUUUAUACACAAGCUAUGUCUUUUUUUCUUUAUAAUAAUUGAGUUUAAUGAGUGGAUGAAAUAAAAUGGAUUUCAUGAAUAAUUAUCAUCCUCCUUCAAGAUUUGUGUGGUUAAUUGUAGUGCCAUUAGUACUAAUGGUUGGGUAUUUGGGUGUACAGAGUUCAAAAGGCACUGUUUGGGUCCUUUCUUCUGAUAAAAAAGUUGCAUCAACUAAUCUUUCUGCUACUGUAGAAGCAGAAUUGGCAAAGGAUCAACUACCAAAAAAAGAUGGCUUAGAUGUUACAAGGAAAGAACCCCAGAUGAAUUCUUCCAAGAAAAAGUUGAGCAAUUUAGAGAGGGUUGAAGCUGGAUUGGGACAAGUGAGGGCUGCUAUAAGAGAGGCUCAGAGUAAAAAUCAAACAUCAAAUGACCCUGAAUAUGUUCCUGAGGGUCCAUGUUACUGGAACCCCAAGGCCUUCCACAGGAGCUACCUGGAAAUGGAAAAACACUUCAAAAUUUAUGUAUACGAGGAUGGUGAACCCCCAGUCUUCCAUUACAGUUCAAGUAAAGGUAUCUUAGGGAUUGAGGGGAUUUUAAUUCAUCAGAUUGAACUUAGCAAGUUUCGGACGAAUGAUCCUGAGAAAGCUCAUGUUUACUUCCUUCCAUUCAGUGUGUUUUCCAUUGUAAGCUAUGUUUAUGUUGUUGAUUCUCAUGAUUGGGGUCCUAUGAAGAAUACAGCUUCCGAUUAUAUUGAUAGCAUCUCCAGAAAGUACACUUAUUGGAAUAGAAGCCUUGGAUCUGAUCAUUUCAUGCUUGCUUGCCAUGAUUGGGCUCCUGAAAUUUCAACCGUGGUUCCAUACUUGUUCAAGAACUCUAUUAGAGUACUAUGCAACGCGAACACUUCUGAAAGAUUCAAUCCAUCAAAGGAUGUAACUUUACCAGAAAUCUAUCUCCCUCAGGGCACAAUGAAAGGCUUAAUUGGAGGGCCAUCUCCGUCUAAACGUUCUGUUUUAGUUUUCUACGCCGGAGGCAUUCAUGGCUACAUAAGGCAAGUACUAAUGGAACACUGGGGGAAAAAAGAUGAUUCAGACAUCGAAAUUCACGAGUACCUUCCUAAGAAUGUGUCAUAUUAUGGCAUGAUAAGAAAAACCAAGUACUGUAUUUGUCCUAGUGGCUAUGAAGUGGCUAGUCCAAGAAUGGUUGAGGCACUUUAUAUGGGAUGUGUUCCAGUACUAUUGAAGGAUCGUUAUGUUGCACCUUUUAGCGAUGUGUUGAACUGGAAAAACUUUGCUGUUGAAAUGACCUCAAAAGAUAUACCUAAUUUGAAGAAAAUCUUGAUGUCAAUAUCUCAAAAAAGGUACAUCAAAAUGCAGAGGAGAGGUCUUCAAGUAAGGAGGCAUUUUGUGGUCAAUUUUCCACCUAAAAGAUAUGAUGUUUUUCAUAUGAUCCUUCAUUCGAUUUGGCUCAGAAGACUCAAUAUUCAAGUCCAUGAUACGUGAACGACUCAGAGGCAGGUCUAGAGUGGGUUCUAUGAGCUCAGCUGAACACUACUUUUGGCUCGAACUAUAUAGGUAUACAUACAUAUGCAGAAAAUAUUAUUUGAUAUGUUCUCCUAAGAAGAGAAAGAAUUUAAGCUCGCCCUUAUGGAUGUCCCUAAGCUUGCACCUAUUGGAAUUUGUUAAGGCCCCUAAAACUUGCUCCUGUGGAAUUUGUUUAAGACAAGUUUCACAGCAAAUAUACGUACUGCAGGGGGGUGAACUCGAAAGACUGGUAUGUGGGAUUCGGGUGUUUGUAUUAACGAGAUGUUUUAUUGGUACAUACAGAGCUAGCUAGGUUUCAAGUUUAAAUUUUGUCUAAUGUGUGAUGAUAAUUGGCACCUGUAGACUGUAGCCAAUGAGAAGAAUGAAAAAGUAACGAGAGGAGCGUGAAUAACAAGAAGAUCUCAGCAUUUGAGUAUGCAAAGCUUCUCUUUGUUUG